GCCCACCUCUUCUCGGGGAACCCGGCGCGGGCUGGGGACGAGCAGUAUCUUCGCGGGGUACCGGGCUCGGGGCCGGCCAUGCGGGAGGGGCAGCUCCUAGCGGCACCUCAGUUGAGGCGGCAUGUCGGGCGGAAGGAGCCUGGGUGCAGGCCGGGUGCCCUGGUUACUGGGCCGUUCCGCGCUGCUGGCGGCAUCUCUGCCCGAAGUCGCGGUUAGGGAUGCCGCCGCUUGCUCAUCUUCAGCUUGGAGAUCUCUGGUGUUAUUCUGUGAGGAACUGCCGCCCCCUCCGGCUCUGUUCGGCACGGAGCUGGGGUACAGGGCUUCCUUUCCUUCGCUGUUGGUUUUAUAGAAGAAAAACAUAUCCGUGCCAAAGAUCCUUGCUUUGAUCAGCUGAAGUGCUGCAGUGGUUUGCAGCUAGAAUUAAUUCACUUUCGUGCUUUGUAUGGUUUAGGGUUUGGUGACUGAAAAGCUGGUUGUGGUCAUUUCUGCGCUUGUGAAGUGUUGCAUCUGUUCAUCUAGUGGUGUCCAGAGCACACCCAGUGAACUUCGAGCUUUGUGUGAACUUGAAACCUGUGUUCUGACAGUGUUACUUGGGGUCCUUUGCUAACAGAGGGUUGCAAAUAGAACCUCUUCAGAUCAAGGCAUUAGAAAUAAAGUGUCUGCAUGCUUUUUGCAGAAGGUGAGGGGUUCUUGCUCUCGCUCUCUGCUGUAAAAUUCAGUCCAUGUACUUACCACGUGAACAAACCCAAGUGCUACUGUGUAAUAGCAUGCAUAUUUAUGGAAGGGCUUCUUUUAUCAGCUGUUUUGUAUCCUUGAAGGCCGUUAUUUUUCACUGGACCUCACAUAAGUGUGAUUGGUUUACUAAAUCUUGAAAGUAAUUGAAAUCUGAUUAAAAGAGAACGUAAUUGCACAGGAAUCUAGACAGUUGAAGUCUAAACUCUAGCCUGCAGGGACCAUUAAAAAUAUAAUACUAAGCAGAGAAUCAAUAACUUGAAAAUCACACAGUUUUGGGGAUGACAAGUUGAGCUGUUCAGUAACACAGGAAAAACAAGAGGAAAAAGAAGUAGAAAGAGAAAAGCAUAAGAGAAUGUGUAAAAGAAAAGAGGCAUAAAGGGUAAGCCAGACUAAAACUGAAAUCGUUGACAAUUUAACUUGCAGUGUUAAAAUGCUUUUUCCAAAAAGUAUUUUGUGUACACGAUUUGAAGCAACUUCAGUUAGUUUGGCCAUCUCUCUUGUUCGCUCAGCUUCUGGAAAGGUUAACAUUGUUUCUAUUGCUGACAUGGAGAAAUUGGGAGAUCCGAAUCCAUUGUUCUUUUCUCAAUGGUAGUAUAAUGGCUAGAAAACCCCAUCUUUUGUAGGUCAUUUCUAAAGCCCGAUCUUAGAGGAAUUACAAAGCUGUUUGAGGAUCUUCACACUGAACUGAAGAGAUUGUUAAUCCUGCCUAAUUCGUCUAGCAUGUAGGUAUCAAAGACAGUAUACUAAAAAUCUGAACAGGGUUCAGCAAGUUUGAGAGCUACAAUGCCUGGAGAAAGGUGUGAGCCUUAGGUAGCUGCUGUUGACCUUAGCAGGAGUUCCCACUUUGUCUAGAAAUGCCGUAAUAAGGCACUUUUUCUGUUUGGGGGCAUAGACUAUCCCAAGAUUUUUUUCUGUGUUUGUAAGUUAUGUUUUGUGGGUAGGUUUUGUGCUACCACACCCAUAGUCUGCUUAAGAUUUGCCUGCUGCUUUCUUCCUGCAGAAUUAAGCCAGCUGGAGAGGCUACUGCCCUCAGCUUGCCCCAGCUGGUAGUUGCUGGAAUGGGAAGAACCUAUCAGAAAUGGUAGUUCUACUGUGGAAAAAUUUAUUUCACACUACAAAGGGAAGGAUACUACAGCAGAGAUGGGCAUCGCUGUAUAAUGGUACUCAUGACUAUGAUGAAGAAUUGAUAAAGAAGAAACUUCAGCAGUUUGCUGGUGGAUCCAUCGACCUUUCCAAAGAACACUGUGGCAUUGGAAUACUUACCUUGAACAACUCCCAGCUAAUGAAUGCCUUCACAGGCACUAUGAUGCUAGAACUCCAGGAGAGAGUAACUGAACUGGAAAACUGGAAGGAUGGCAAAGGCCUUAUCAUCCGUGGUGCAGGAAAGACUUUUUGUUCAGGAUCUGAUUUGAAUGCUGUCAAAGCAAUAUCCAACUCCAAGGAUGGGAUGAAUAUGUGCAUGUUUAUGCAAAAUACCUUAACCAGACUUAUGAGGUUGCCAUUGAUCAGCAUUGCACUAGUCCAAGGAAAAGCUCUUGGAGGAGGAGCAGAACUUACCACAGCAUGUGAUUUCAGGUUGAUGACGCCAGGCAGUGAGAUUCGAUUUGUCCAUAAGCACAUGGGCCUGGUGCCAGGCUGGGGAGGAGCUGCCAGGCUGGUGCGAAUCGUUGGCAGUAGAGCUGCUCUCCAGCUGCUGAGUGGGGCUGACCAGGUGGACCCUGAAAGAGCGCUGCGCCUCGGGCUGUCAGAGGGGACCUUGUCUUCUUCAGAUGAAAGUGGAUCACUAGAAGAAGCUCAAGCCUGGCUGAGUCAGUACACAGAGGGUCCAGCUAUUGUGAUUCGGGCUGUGAAAAAGGUGGUUACAGCUGGAAGAGAGCUGCCACUGGAAGCUGCCUUAAGGACAGAGAGGGAUGUUUUUGGAACUGUGUGGGGUGGGCCUGCCAAUUUGGAGGCACUGGCUAGAAGGCAAAAGCAUAAAUGA